GAAUUUUCAGCUGAUGUAGUGAAGAAGUGUGGCGAAGAUGGCUCAAAGAUUGUUGGCUUGUCAUCUUCGGUUUGUGCCAUGAUAUUUUGUCAUUGUACAAACAUUUUAAAUAGGAUAGAUAUAUUAAGAUUGGGUAUAGGGUACUUUAUCACAGCCAAAAUACUUUGAUUAACACUGACGCCCGUAUUCUAAAAGCUCACUCACACUCAAUGAGCGGAGGUUCAAUCUGAGCUUUUCUUGAGUGUCAAUGCUGUUUUUGAAUAGCUGGAGGGUGAGUAGUCACAUGGUGAGGUACGACACUUACCCUCCAGCUAUUCAAAAACAGGAUUGACACUCAAGAGAAGCUCAGAUUGAACCUCCACUCAUUGAGUGUGAGUGAGCUUUUAGAAUACGGGCGUUAGUAUAGCAAUGAUAUCAUUUAGUUAUGAUCCAGUGAUUGAAAUAUUUUGAUUGUCUUUUUGUUGUUUUGAGAAUCCCACUGUUCUCCAUGCCACCCAGUCACUGUUUUGACUUACUAAACAUUUGUACAAAGGGCUAUUAAGACAGGAUGGAAGGAUCUUCCUAUAAAUAUUAAUACUGAGUAUCGUUUUUCAACUAAAUAUCAAUACUGAAUAUCAUUUUUCAAAUACAGACAUUCGCAAAAAGUAUGAGCGAUAUAUUGAACAAGAUGAAAGCAAGUAGAGUUGUGAAAGUCGGAGGAAACCUGAAAGAUUAUUCGCCAUGGUUGUCGACUUUUCAAACACGAAGUGAGACGUAUCAAUUGGAAAUACCAGGUAAGUUUUUUAUAAAUUGAUAUUGGGGUUUGUACAUUGAUAAUGUUCAGUGGCGCUGGGAGGGCAUACUUAUAGACUCAUUGCACUGACGUCACAAAUCUUUAGAGUGCCCUCCAGAUGCUCCCUAACAAUAUCUGUUCGCGUACAACAACCACAUACAGCGCAAAAAUUAACCAUUUUGAUACAAAAUUAUUAUAAACUUUUACAAAAUUUGCUUUGUUUACAAAAGUUGUAUUACGCAUAGAUUGCUAAUUUGUCCUCCAGAUGCAUCGUCACCGGCGCUGUGACGUCAUGUGCAAUGGGUCUAUAUUGCUCUUUUUAUAAAAAAAUAUUUUGAUAUUUAUCACAAAUCAGAAAAUAUAGGAAAUGCAAUCGUAGUGAUUCAAACCCAAUACUUCUUUGGCAAGAAUUUUCUUUCCUACCAAAGAUUGUGCAAACAUCUUGUACUAAAACAAUUUUAAGUUUAGAAAUUUUUCACUUUCUUCAGGUCAAUACACGGGGAGAAACAAACCACUUCCAGAAUAUCACGUAAAAAUAGCUGGCUUUGAUGAGAAGGUGAGAAAUUAAGAGAAUGCAUCGGUUUGUGAAUUCAUUGACUGCCUGGUUGAUUGGUUGACGAAUACACUAAUUAAACAUUAAUUAAUUAAUUGAUUCAUGAAUUGAUUGAUGAUGGAUUUGUUCAUUAAAUUAUUGAUUGAUUAAAUUAUUAAUGAAAUAAUAUUUAUUGAUUGAUAUGACUGGUAUCAUUGGUUCGAUUGAUAUGGUUGAUCAAUUGACUGGCUUCUUCAUUAAUUGAUGAUAUAUUCAUUAAAUUAUAUACAAGGUGCUAAAACUGUCGUCGCUGAGAGCUCCAAAACGCGUCACCAUCCUUGGUAAUGAUGAACGGGAAUAUAAGUUUCUGGUCAAAGGCGGUGAAGAUCUCCGCUUGGAUCAACGAAUACAACAGGUUAGAACAACGCCAUAUUUAGGAAUGACAGUUGAUUUUUUAAA